AUCCACUUCUCAAAGCCAUUUAGAAUACAACUCUUUUCACAAGCAUCAACUUUUCAGGCAUGUGCUUUCAACUUUCAGUCAUUACAUAGUUUAUUUACCCUCUAUUGCUGAAUAAUUAACUAGAUUUCUUAAGCAUUUGAGUGUUGACCUUUCCGCGUUUUUAUUUUUUGUCUCUUUCCUCCAGCUAUGGUUCGAUCAAUCGCUCUCUUGGGCACCCUCCUUGCUUUAUUGCAAGUGGCUCUUGCUGCUUUCCUUGGAGAUGGAUUAUAUCGCAUCAAACAAGACAAUGAUGCGAUUAGCGCAGAUGAAACAAACGAGGAAUCGCCUGCUCUCUUGUUCCCCGAUAGGGGUUACUCAGAACAAGUUUGGCACAUCAAACACGUUGACGAUGUCCAUGUCACCAUUUCGAGUGCAACAACUGGUCGUUUCCUCGGAGUCGAAAGGGCUCGCUACAAUGCCUUUAUUCUCGCUGGCUGGGAAGAGCAGCAAUGGAAGCUCACGAAGAGUGGGGAAAAAGAAGGUCACUACAAUAUUGUCUACCCCGAGCAGGUUGGUGGCGAAGAUCUCUCUAUCGGUAUCUCGCCCUACCGAAUCUUUCCUCCUCGUAUUGCUCUGCAAAAAGCUCAUGGAUCUUCAAGUCACACAACUCAUUGGAAGCUUGAGAAGGAUGAUGGCUUUGGAUCCUGCGGCUCUGAGAGGAAGAUCCCCCGCUUCCGCUCCCAGUUGAAAUGGUCAUGGGACUAAUGACUGGACUUGAGUUCCCUUCGUUAAAAUAGUAUUUUAGCAAUAAAAGUCCGUAAC